AUGAUCUUUAAGUCUUCAUAUCCAGAUUUAAAAAUUCCUCAAGAUGGAAUUUAUCAAUAUGUGAUUAGUAAUCCAAACAAAAUUCCAGACGAUAAGGUUAUUUACGUAGAUGGAAUUACUGGUAAAAGUUACACUUUUGGUGAAUUUAAACAUGAAUCGAAAAAGUUUGCUGCGGGAUUACAAGAUGUGUUAGGAUUUAAACGAGGCAAAGUAACGAUGGCUAAUCCAAAGUAUAAAGCAGCUGGAUUGUUUCAUCAACUAAACGAUUCAGGCGCAACAGUUCUGAUUGUGCAUCCAGAAAUUCUUGAGGUCGCUAUUGAAGCUUCAAUAAAUGCAAAAAUUCCUGCCUCUAGGGUAUUGUUGUUUGGCGAUAAAGAAAUAAAGGGAUAUAAACCUUAUCGCUCUAUUUUAAUUGGUGAUCGUGAAAUUGAGCCGAUUCAUUAUACUCCUGAAGAAGUAAAAUCAACAACUGCUUAUAUUCUUUAUACUUCUGGAACAACUGGAAAUCCAAAAGGUGUCGAACAUACUCAUACAAGCAUGGUUUUUAAUAUGGCUCAACUAAUUAAUGCAGAGUGUAAACUUGGACCUCACAGUACAAUUAUGGGAGUCACAGGUGCUACUGCAAUCAUUCAUACAAGCUUCAGCGUGGAAACAUUUAUUGAAUCAAUUCAAAAAUUUAAAGUUAAUCAUAUUUAUGCUGUUCCGUCGGUUAUACAUAAACUUGUCAAUGAUCCAUUGGCUCAACAAUUUGAUUUCUCAAGUGUGGAUACGAUUGCAAGUGCAGGAGCUCCAUUGGUUAAUAAAUUGGAAAAAAAAAUUUAUGAAAUGUUUAAAAUACCAAUUUUACCAUUUUAUGGUCUUACUGAAGCGUGUGCGGCAAUGGAACCAACAAACCCAGGUUCUAUUGGGAUUCUUUUUCCAAAUAUGAAAGCAAAAAUAUUAUCAGAAGAUGGUCAUGAAUUGGGAUAUAAUAAACUCGGAGAAUUGUGGAUUCACGGUCCAAAUGUUAUGAAGGGUUAUCUUAAUAAUAAAGAAGCUACAGAUGCUGCCAUCGAUAAAGACGGAUUUUUUAAAACAGGAGAUAUCGGGUUUCAAGUGGCACCUUCUGAAUUGGAAUCGGUUCUGCUCACACAUGAUGCUGUAUCAGAUGCAGCAGUAAUAGGAUAUUAUUCUGAAGAAGAAGCAACUGAAAUUCCUGUAGCAUAUGUCAUAAUUAAAGAAGGGUAUGAGCAAUCUCAAGCUCUAGCGAAGGAAAUUCAAUCUUUUGUAAAUGAGAAGGUCGCGCAGCAUAAAAAAUUAAGAGGUGGUGUGUUGUUGAUUGAUAGAAUUCCUAAAAGUGAAGCUGGUAAAAUUUUAAAAGGAUUAUUAAGAGAGAAACUAAAAAUGGGAUUAAGAAAGAAUGAUUGA